CUGCUGGAAAUCAUCCGGAAGGAGGACGUGGUGCUCAGAGCCAUCCUCACCACCCACCACCACUGGGACCACGCGAGGGGCAACGAGGAGCUGGCGCGGCUCUGCCCCGGCCUGCGAGUGUACGGCGCCGACGAUUUGGGGCCAUCCGGGUGCGGUGCCUCUUCACCCCCUGCCACACCACGGGCCACAUGUGCUACUUCAUGUGGGAGGACGGCUCCCCGGAUGCUCCGGCUCUUUUCUCAGUUUGGGGCCAUCCGGGUGCGGUGCCUCUUCACCCCCUGCCACACCACGGGCCACAUGUGCUACUUCAUGUGGGAGGACGGCUCCCCGGAUGCUCCGGCUCUUUUCUCAGGUGACACCCUGUUCGUGGGCGGCUGCGGGAAGUUCUUCGAGGGGACGGCGGAGCAGAUGUACACCAACCUCACCCAAAUCCUGGGGGCUUUGCCUAAGGAGACGAAGGUUUUCUGUGGCCACGAGUGCACCGUCCGAAACCUCAAAUUCGCCUUGAAAGUGGAACCGGAGAACGAAACAGUGAAGAAGAAACUGGCGUGGGCCAGGCAGCGGGAUGACGACGACUUGCCCACGGUGCCCUCCACGCUGCAGGAGGAGUUCCUCUACAACCCCUUCCUGCGGGUCACGGAGGAGCCCUUGCAGAAGUUCACGGGCAAGACGGAGCCCGUGGAGGUGCUGCGGGUGCUGCGCAUCGAGAAGGACAACUUCAAGAAGCCCAAGGAGCGGCCCCAUCCCCAGGCCAUGCUCGCCUUCGACUGGGGACUUUUCAGCCCCUUCCUCGAGAAGAAAUGA